AUGUCCGCGGUCACUCUUCCUGACUAUGACGAUCUCCCACCAGUUGAAGGCAUGCCCAAGGGCUGCGCGUGGGGUGUCUUUGACAAAGACGGAAAGAAGGACCUUUACGGGACAUUGAACCUUCUUACGCCUGAGAUCAUCAGGGCGGCUGGUGCGGAAGUUCGCGAUGGCGUCUCAAUCUCUCUCAACUGGCCGUUGGACAGCCUGAACAAGCUCAACAUUCCAGGACGCAAGCAGACAGCACACCAUGUGCAUUCCCUGCAAGCCGGCGGGCUAAGUCAAGGACUUGGUUGGGAUGACGAGUUGGAGUUCAACACUCAGGGCAGCAGCCAAUGGGACAGUCUUGUACACUGGCAGCACCAGGCGACGGGUCUUGCCUACAAUGGCUUCAAACCAACCCAAGAGGAACUGUCUGCCACCUUCACGGCCGAUAAUAAGAUGCCGACCAUCGACCACUGGCACGAGCGAGGCGGAGUGGUGGGCCGAGGCGUUUUGAUCGACUAUAAGGCGUACACUGAGGCCAAGGGAAUCGACUAUCACCCCUUGGAUGGCUAUCCCAUCACCAUCGACGACAUUGAGGCCGUGGCUGCGUACCAGGGCGUCGAAUUCAAGCACGGCGACAUCUUCCUCCUGAGGACGGGAGUCACCGCCAUAAUUGACAACCCGAGCCCGGCUGAUUUUGAAAAGAUGGCGCAGUCCAAGCUGUCAGGUGUGCUUGGUACGGAGGAGACGGCCAAGUGGUUUUGGAACAAGCAUUUUGCUGCGGUCGCCGGUGACGCGAAUGCGUUUGAGGCGUAUCAGCCAGCGAAUCCCAAUGUAACCGAGGUGGACGCGCACAGUCUUGUCUUGCAUCCCUACUUUUUGAGCCUUUUCGGCAUGCCCAUUGGUGAGCUGUGGGAUCUGAGUCGUCUCUCGGCGUACUGCAAAAUGACGGGUCGGUAUUCCUUCCUGCUUACGUCUGCUCCGAUGAAUGUUUCUUGCCUGAUUGGGUCUCCGCCAAACGCUCUGGCAAUCUUUUAA